AUGGGCACACUGAGUGUCAAGCCCAGUCCACGCUUCCGGUUGCCGGACUGGCACACCAACAGCUACCUGUUGUCCACUAACGCCGAGCGGCAGCGAGAUGCCUCGCACCAGAUCCGCCAGGAGGCCCGGGUCCUCUGCAAUGAGACCAACAACCAGACCAUUUGGGAUGAACAUGACAAUAGGACUCGACUGGCAGAGAGGAUUGAUACCGUCAGCUGGUGGAAGGAGAUGCUGGACAAGUGUCUGACGGAUUUAGAUGCUGAGAUCGACGCCCUGACACAGAUGAAAGAGUCAGCAGAGCAGAACCUGCAGGCCAAGAACCUGCCUCUGGAUGUGGCGAUUGAGUGCCUGACCCUGCGGGAGAGUCGGCGUGACAUUGAUGUGGUGAAAGACUCCGUGGAGGAAGAGCUGCACAAAGAGGUAGAGGUCACUGAAGCCACCAAGAAGGCCUUGCAACAGAAGAUCAGCCAGGCCUUUGAGAAGCUCUGCCUCCUGCAGGAAGUCCGACAGCAGCUCAACUCUGACCAUCGGGGCAAAAUGGAGACACUGGACAUUGACAGAGGCUGCUUCUCUCUCAACCUCAAGUCCCCGAACAUCUCUCUGAAGAUUAAUCCCACACGUGUCCCCAGCGGCUCCACCACACUCCAGCAGUGGGAUGACUGCAGUCGGUUCAACAAGAACCAAGCAGAGGCUGAGAUGAAAGGGGCCAUAGAGCUGAGGGAGGCCAUCGCCCUAACUAUUGCCAAGACCAACAACGAACUGGAAGCCCAGAGGCUUGCAACGGAAUUUGCCUUCAGGAAGCGGCUGUGGGAGAUGGAGAAAGUGUACAGUGAGCUCAAGUGGCAAGAGAAGAAUACCUUGGAGGAGAUUGCCGAACUGCAGGAGGACAUCCGGAAUCUGGAGGAGGAUCUGCGCAGAAAGUUACAGAACCUGAAGCUAUGCCACACCCGGCUAGAGACCAGGACCUACCGGGCCAACGUGGAACUCUGCAGGGACCAGGCACAGUACGGCCUCACUGCGGAGGUUCACCAGUUAGAGGCAACCACUGCUGCCCUGAAGCAGAAGCUGGCGCAGGCACAGGACGCUCUGGACGCCCUGUACCAGCAUCUGGCCCGGCUGCAGGCUGACAUCGCCUGCAAGGCCAACUCCAUGCUCUUGGAUACCAAGUGCAUGGACACCCGGCGGAAGCUGACUAUGCCGGCUGAGAAGUUUGUGCCGGAGGUGGACACCUUCACCCGCACCACAAACCGCACCCUGAGUCCACUCAAAACCUGCCAGCUGGAACUAACCUAG